GGGCGCGGCCUGUCCUUCCUUCUACGUGCUGGCGGAUGUUUAUAGUUUCUGGGCGCGGACCAAGACGCACACAAUACUUUGCUUUCGGAGCCGCUCGGUCUAAAACUAACUUUUUUUUAAGAAAAAUGGACCCUGUUCGAUUUUGGCCUCUUUUGGUCGUCUUCUGUCACGUUUGGGGCGCGGACGGCGCAGGGAAAGGACGCGGAUUUGUUGGAGUGAUAGACCCCCAGGACUCUGAUCUGGUGGUGGUGGAUCGGGCCACGUCGGAGACCCUGCAGAGCAGCCUUACCACCGUCUUUCUGCCGCUGGUCUACAUCGUGGUGUUUGUGGUGGGCCUGCCCACCAACGCCAUGGCCAUCUGGGUGUUCCUGUUCCGCACCAAGAAGAAGCACCCGUCCUCCAUCUAUAUGGCCAACCUGGCGCUGGCCGACCUGCUCUUCGUCAUCUGGACGCCGCUGAAGAUCGCCUACCACUUCAACGGCAACGACUGGGCGUACGGCGAGGGGCUUUGCAAGGUUCUGGUGGGCUUCUUCUACGGGAACAUGUACUGCUCCAUCCUCUUCAUCGCCUGCCUGAGCGUGCAGCGCUACUGGGUGGUGGUGCACCCGCUGUCCCAGCAGAGGAGGAACAACAAGGUGGCCAUCGGGGUCUGCGUGGCCGUUUGGGUCUUCAUCUGGCUCAGCACCACACCGCUCUACCUGUACCAGCACACGGCCCAGGUCCGAGAGCCCAGCAUCACCACCUGCCACGACGUCAACAUCAUCCUGGACCCGCUUGACCCCUACCCGUCGGUGCGGCUACCUUUCUUCUACUUCAUCUUCAUGGGCCUGGUGGUGUUCCCGGUGUCGUGCGCGGUCAUUGUGGUGGCCUACGUCCUGCUCCUGAAGGCCCUGGGAAGGAACAUGGAGGACAACGCGACGGGGAAGAACCGCAAGCGGGCUGUGGUCCUGAUCGCCGUGGUGCUGGUCACCUUCCUGGUGUGCUUCGUGCCGAGCAACAUCAUGCUGGUGGUGCACUACUCGCUGCUGAAGGACGGCGUGGCCAACAACGGCUACGGCUUCUACGUGACCACGCUGUGCCUCGCCAGCCUCAACAGCGUGCUGGACCCGUUCAUCUACUACUACGUCUCCGAGGACUUCCGCAACCACGUGAAGAACACGCUGCUGUGCCGGAGCAGCCGGACGGUGGAGCGCAUGAGGGUCUCCUUCAGCUCCAUGAACUACUCCAGGAAGAGCAAGACCUACGUGUCGGACGCAGGGGGAACACAGAGCAGCUCUUGCUAGCCAAUCUCUUGCGAGGACACAGUGGUCAAUCCGUCCGAUUACAACCGGGAUACCUUGAAAAUGUCACGGAACCAAAGACUUCAGGCCAUGGCUUUUCGGAUUAUACUUGAACCUAAAAAAAAUCUCUUCCUGGAUGUUUUCCAAAGAUAGUCUUAUUCACUAGGAGAACAUGGACUUACUUCCUCACGGGUGCUGAUUUCAUUCAGUAAAAGGACAAAUCCAUCCGCAAUGUAGGGCUGAGGUACAUCUACUGUUGUCAGCUGGUCGGAUAAUUUUUCAAUGCCCGAGAGCCGAUGAAUGUGUUUUUUUGACAAACCGAUGUCCAACAAGACCAAACUCUGGAUUUGGACUUCAGCUUUCGGAAUAUUCAGGAGAGUAGAGAACUAAGACUAAAAACCUCAGUUACGUUCAUGUACAGAAAAAAUGUGUUUUUAAGUGUUAGUGUCGUUUUGCUAAAUAAAUGCUACAAAUUUAAAAACAAAUAUUCUCUCGUGACUCACUGGGUGAAUGAGGUCCUGACUAGCCUGCAUGGACUCCGAGAACACACAGAGCAGCUCUUGCUAGGGAACCCAUUCCUAGGACAGGUGGUCAAUCCGUCCGAUUACAACCGGGAUACCUCCAAAGAGUUCUGGCCAAGGCAACACGGAUGAUAUUCAAACCUAAAAAAAAAAACUUUCUGGAUGUUUUCCACAGCCCUUGAAAGUCUUAUACACCGGGAGAACAUGGACUUGAUUCCUCACAGGUGCUGGUUUCAUCCGGUAAAAGGACAAAUCCAUCCGCAAUGUGGGGCUAUGGUGCAUCUACUGUUGUCAGCUGGUCGGAUAAUUUUUCAAUGCCCGAGAGCCGAGGAAUGUGUUUUUUUUUAACAAACCGAUGUCCAACAAGACCAAACUCUGGAGAUGGACUUCAGCUUUUGAAACUCUCAGGAGAGUAGAGAACUCAGACUAAAACCUUGGCAUGUUCCUGCAAACUUUUAAGCUCAUUAUCCACAUUAGAGUUUUGGGUUCAUGCACAGAUAAAACAUGUUUUAAGUGUGACAGCGUUUUUUUUGGCUAAAUAAAUGCUACAAAUUAAAAAACAAACUCUAGUGACUCACUGGGUGAAUGAGGUCCUGGCUGGCCUGCAUGGACUCCGAGAACACGCAAAGCAGCUCUUGCGAGGGAACCCAUUGCGAGGCUAGUCAAGCCGUCCGAUUACAACCCGGAUACCUCCAAAGAGUUCUGGCCAAGGCAACAGGGAUGAUACGGUAUUCAAACCAAAAAAAAAAAACUUUCUGGAUGUUUUCCACAGCCCUUGAAAGUCUUAUACACCAGGAGAACAUGGACUUGAUUCCUCACGGGUGCUGGUUUCAUUCGGUAAAAGGACAAAUCCCUCCGUAAUGUAGGGCUAUGGUGCAUCUACUGUUGUCAGCUGGAUAAUUUUUCAAUGCCCGAGAGCCGAUGAAUGUGUUUUUUUAACAAACCGAUGUCCAACAAGACCAAACUCUGGAGAUGGACUUCAGCUUUCGGAAUACUCAGGAGAGUAGAGAACUAAGACUAAAACCUCGGUUGCGUUCAUGUACAGAUAAAACAUGUUUUUAAGUGUUACAGUGUGUCGUUUUGCAAAAUAAAUGCUACAAAUUAAAAAACAAAAAUUCUCUCGUGACUCACUGGGUGAAUGAGGUCCUGGCUGGCCUUCAUGGACUCCGAGAACACGCAGAGCAGAUCUUGCUAGGGAACCCAUUGCGAGGUUAGUCAAGCCGUCCGAUUACAACUGGGAUACCUCCAAAGAGUUCUGGUCAAGGAAACAGGUAUGAUGCGGUAUUCAAACCUUGAAAAGAAAACUUUCUGGAUGUUUUCCACAGCCCUUGAAAGUCUUAUACUGUACACCAGGAGAACAUGGACUUGAUUCCUCACGGGUGCUGGUUUCAUUCGGUAAAAGGACAAAUCCAUCCGCAAUGUAGGGCUAUGGUGCAUCUACUGUUGUCAGCUGGUCGGAUAAUUUUUCAAUGCCCGAGAGCCGAGGAAUGUGUUUUUUUUAACAAACCGAUGUCCAACAAGACCAAACUCUGGAGAUGGACUUCAGCUUUUGGAACACUCAGGAGAGUAGAGAACUAAGACUAAAAACCUCGGUUGCGUUCAUGUACAGACAAAACAUGUUUUUUAAGUGUUACAGUGUGUCGUUUUGCAAAAUAAACGCAACAAAUUAAAAAACAAACAUUCUCUCAUGACUCACUGGGUGAAUGAGGUCCUGGCUGGCCUUCAUGGACUCCGGGAACACGCAGAGCAGCUCUUGCUUGGGAACCCAUUCCUAGGACAGGUGGUCAAGCCGUCCGAUUACAACCGGGAUACCUCUAAAGAGUUCUGGCCAAGGCAACAGGGAUGAUAUUCAAACCUAAAAAAAAACAACUCUCUGGAUGUUUUCCACAGCCCUUGAAAGUCUUAUACACCAGGAGUACAUGGACUUGAUUCCUCACGGGUGCUGGUUUCAUUUGGUAAAAGGACAAAUCCAUCCGCAAUGUAGGGCUAUGGUGCAUCUACUGUUGUCAGCUGGUCGGAUAAUUUUUCAAUGCCCGAGAGCCGAGGAAUGUGUUUUUUUUAACAAACCGAUGUCCAACAAGACCAAACUCUGGAGAUGGACUUCAGCUUUUGGAACACUCAGGAGAGUAGAGAACUAAGACUAAAAACCUCGGUUGCGUUCAUGUACAGAUAAAACAUGUUUUUUAAGUGUUACAGUGUGUCGUUUUGUAAAAUAAAUGCUACAAAUUAAAAAACAAA